GGUCAAUGCGCUGGCGCAUCUCGGUUCAGUGUAAAUCUGACGCGCGGUAGACUCACACGUACGGACCUCGGUGACCCAUCAUGAAUCCUACACUGUUUACGUUACUUAUAGCAAGUACUUCCGUAUUCUGUGGAGACCAAUACUUACAAAAGCGAGAGAAAAUCAUUCAAGAUGAACGCAGACUCUCGCUCGGAGGAAACAUCGAAUUGAAUGACAAAGAAGAAGCUGUGAAUAAAUGUAUCAUGAAACAUAAACACAACGAACUUGACUAUGCAUUUGAUAGCCCCCAGUUUUUCAACUUUAGUCAUCACUUCUUCUUCUACAGAGAAAAUAUACCAAACUCAAAAGUUUUUAAAAUAAUUAAAAAUAUGCCCAAAGGAGCAGUGUUGCAUGUUCACGAUAUGGGGAUCCUGGGCCCGGAUUAUCUCUUGAAUAUCACAUAUAUGGAAAAUCUUUAUGUGUGUCUUGAAGAUAAUAUCCAAUUUAAAUUUUCCAACAAGACUCCAAGUUCGGUCUGUUCAAGCAAAUGGAUAUUAAUGCGCGAUGCGAGAAGAAACACCAAGGAUAUUACAGAAUUUGAUGCCCGAUUGAGGAAUCGUUUCACGCUCGUUGUAGACAAUCCUGAUGAAGUAUAUCCCAGCAUAACACAAAGCUGGGGCGCGUUCAUGGACUACUUCGGCACGGUGGCCCCGCUGGUGUCCUACAGACCCGUGUGGGAGCAAUACUUCUACGACACCCUGCUGAAGUUUAGAAACGAAAAUAUAAUGUACGUAGAAGUUAGAAGUAUCUUACCAAACCUUUACGAACUCGAUGGCACUGAGUACGACCAAUUGGUUACAGCUAAAGCAUAUCGUAAAGCAACAUUGAAAUUUAUCCAAGAUUAUCCUGACUUUAUAGGCGCGAAACUAAUAUACGCACCUUCCAGAAAAGUAGACAACGCAACAAUUAGUAAAUACCUGAAUGUAGCUAGAAGAAUUAAAGAAGAUAUGCCUGAAUUUUUCGCUGGAUUCGAUUUGGUAGGGCAAGAGGACCUCGGGGAACCUUUGAUUGAAUUCGCUCCUCAAUUGGCCGCUGCAGCAGGUGAAUUCAACUACUUCUUCCACGCUGGGGAAACUGAUUGGUGUGGAAGCACAACCGAUGAAAAUCUAAUCGACGCCGUGCUUUUAGGAGCCAAACGUAUCGGCCACGCGUAUGCUUUACCCAAACACCCAGUGCUAAUGAGAGAAGUUGUGAAUAAAGAUAUAGGUUUGGAAGUGAAUAUUAUAUCAAAUAACGUUUUGUCUCUAGUACGAGAUGUGAGGAACCAUCCAUUAAACGUGUUCCUGGCUAAUGGCCUGCCUGUGGUGCUGUCGAGUGAUGACCCCGGAGCUUGGGAAGCCGGCGUCCUUUCUGAUGAUUACUAUGUGGCGUUCGUGGGAGUCGCCAGUAGGACAGCGGAUCUGAAGAUGCUGAAGGCAUUGGCUAUCAACUCGCUCAAAUACAGCGUUUUAGAUUCAAAAGAAAAGACUGACGCUUUGAAUAGAUUUAAUUUGCGUUGGAAAGAAUUUGUAAAUAACUUUGACUGUUCUUCUUAUUGAUAUGAAUAAGUAAUAAAAUAGUCUAAUUAUGACCAACAAAA